UGAUUACAUAUACACAACUCGUCGAGAAGUACUUUUGAUCAAAUCGGAAGCCACUUUGCCGGGGUGACGACGACGACAGCCGUGAAGAGACGGAAGGAAGCAGAGCAGAUGAAGAUGUUGAGCUUCUGUCCAGGAGUGAGCAGGUUGGAAAGGAUUAGAAAUGAGCCGAAAUGAAAUCAGAGGGCCGGUCGAGGUUAGAUGUUUGGAGAGAGAAGACUUCCAGAGAAGGGAUGCCGGCUACAGUGUUAAAAGGAUGAUGAGGAUGGAGCCGCCAGUCAAGAGAGAUCAAAGAAGACCAGAGAUGAGGCUGACGAGGUCGUGGGGGGAGACAUGGGGGCACUCGGUGUUCGAGAGGAGGGUGUUCCAUGGAAAAGGGUGACGCGCGAACGGGACAAGGCCAAAGGAAAAGAAGUGGUCGUGGAUAUCGAGUACAACCCAGCUGAUACAAAGUGAUGCAGUGCACACACUACGUCACAUCGUUGUCGUAAACCGAGAUGUACGAAUUCUAGAUCGCUGUAGUGGAGUACUGAUGGAGAGUACACGUCGUCGUUCAAUCAGAAAUAGAUGUAGUAAACAUAGAGCUCCAACACAGACGUAGUACCAUCGAGAGUCCAAGGCAGUUGUCCAGCACAAGGAUUGAUGCGAUUGUAGUGGAUAUGCAAAUCGGAUGAAAAGCUUUGCGGUCCUGGAGAUCAGCGCGCAUGCGCGUGUGUGUCGGCUGCCAUGACAACAGCUGCGACGGCGUCUGGUGGCUGUCAAAACGAAGCGUUCGCUGCGGCCCAUUUUUCUCCUUUUCGAUUUUGUUCUUGACUUGACCAACACCAACAAUUAGUGGUUGCCAAGGUUACGGACGAGGCCGCCCGGAAACGAAAACGUCGCCAUGACGGUCACGAGUGACAGCGAGCGGACUUACGGACGAGGGUCCUCAUUGCCUGGUCGCCGCUCUCACCGCGACGCUCACGGCAGAGAAGAGCUCUCUCGUCGUGGGAGGAGAACCGCUCUGGCUCGCAGCACAGCCCCCCCUGCAGCUCACAAGAACCAGGACCACAAACGUCCAGAGUUUCCUGCCAGAUCAGAACCUCCUGCUGGACCAAGACGUGAAGCACCAAAACCAGAACCGGGAAGUGGAAAGUCACGCGUUGAGAAAUCAGAGGAGUUGCCGAGAAACAACGUGGACGAGCGUUCUCCUCCGAUGCUCCGCCCCUGCAGCAGCGGGGCCUCUCUGUUUAGAAUGCACCCUGUCACCGUGGAAACGCAGAUGCAUCCCAUUGCGAUGGAAACUGAGUACCGCUGCAGCUUCCAGGGUCUGUCUCCGCCUCGCGGGCCCCGCCUGCGGAAGCAUUUGGAGCGUCGCCAGAGAGUUCCGCUCUUCCACACUCGCACUGUACACGCGCAUGCAAGAUGCUGUUGUUGUUGUUUUGGAAGAUUUUGUCAUUGUUGUUUGAUGACGAUUUUAUUUGAUCAGAGUCUGAAGAUGAGGGAGGAGUCUGACGAUAUGCCCCACCCACAACAUGAUGGACCCACCCACCAGAAGAAAGCCACGCCCCCUCCGCAGGUUCAUCGACGACACAGGAAGCUGACCGAAUAUGAAGCCGGCUUUCCUCGUCCCCCGUGUGGAGCGGCGGGCGAAACCCCUCAGGUGGCGCUGUUGAGACAGAAGGCAUCGUGGUACCGUCGCCGGGCCUGGGGGACCAACUUCUCCAGACAGCACCUGAGCCAGCUCACGUCCCAGCACAACUUCCUUUGGGAGCCCAGCACUGAUGCUCCCAGCCCCCGACCCACCUCGGAUCCAAGACUCACCCCGGACCUCCGCAGACCUCCCUACGUGGAGGCUCUGGACCUCGCCAGCUGCUCCACUUCCUCGUCUGGACCAGCAAGCCCUGCCCGCGGCGGGCCAGUGGCGCCGCCCACAUGUUGCAAGACGAUCUGGGCGACAGAAGGACAAGAGGAUGGGGUGGAACGCUCGCCCACUCCUGAGAUGGUCAGCAGACCGCUUCACAGAACACAUUUGGAUGUCACCACACCUGCCACUGCAGGGGGUGCCAUCCUGGUGGGCAGGUCCAGUUCAGAAGAAGCUUUUCAGAGGCGUGGCGCUAGUGUUUCCACAGCAAUGGACAAAGCGAGCGCCGGGCUUAUGCCAAAGGAGGUGUUGUGUCCUCGUAGCCCCGCCCUCCUCCACCGGCCCUCUUCUGCUGCGAAGUGUCGACCGAUCCUGUCCGGGCUGAGCCCGGCCCCGCCCCCGAUGCACGUCAUCCGAGGACGGCUGAGACAUGCCGAGUUCCAACACAACGGUGAGCUUGGUCUGAGGUUCCACUCGCACCAAGGUUUCGGAAGCAACUUUCAUCCUGACGAAGGUGACUCUCCCUCUCCUCUUCUUCUUCCUGAGCUUCCAUUCGAAUGCACCCUCUCGCCGUGGAAACGGUUUGGAACACAGCCCUCCCUCGGUCUUUGGGUACCCGUCCCUAAUGCCGUCCCCUCCUUUUGGCCUAGACGAGCGUCUGCGGGUGAUGUCGAGCCGCUCGGCGGCGGCGUGUUCGGCGGCGGUGGCCGUGCUGGAGCGCGCGCAGACGAGGGGUCGGGAGUUCUGGGGGAAGAGCUGAACCCUCGUCCCUUAAACCAACCAACCAACCAAUAACGGACUUUUACUUUGACCAAUAAAACUUCUCAUCCUUA